CUUUGUUGGUGAUGUAACAACUUUGUGUUCAGCUCUUGCAGCUCUGAGUGUCUGAAUCUCCAUCAUUAUCUGUUCACAUCCCGGGGCACCAUGACCCACCGAUCAAUCCACUGGUUCAGGAAGGGGCUCCGCCUCCACGAUAACCCCGCCCUGCUCGCUGCCAUGAAAGACUGCGCUCAGCUGCACCCCAUUUUCAUCCUGGAUCCCUGGUUCCCCAGGAAUAUGAGAGUCAGUGUCAACCGCUGGAGAUUCCUCAUCGAGGCCUUGAAGGAUUUGGAUGAAAACCUGAAGAAGAUCAAUUCCAGGCUCUUCGUGGUGAGAGGGAAACCAGCAGAGGUCUUCCCUGCGCUUUUCAAGAAGUGGAAGGUGACCCGGCUGACCUUCGAGGUGGACACCGAGCCGUACGCCAAGCAGCGGGAUGCGGAAAUAGAGAGGCUGGCGGCUGAACACAACGUGGAGGUCAUACAGAGGGUCUCAAACACCCUCUAUGAUGUAGAAAGGGUCAUCGCCGAGAACAACGGGAAGCCCCCGCUGACUUAUGUCCGCCUGCAGACUGUGCUGCAAUCCAUCGGACCCCCAAAGCGGCCCUGCAAAGCACCAACCAAGGACGACAUGAAAGAUUGCUGCACUCCCUGGAAGCCGUCUUACGAUGAGAAAUACGGCGUUCCCACCCUAGAAGAGCUGGGACAAGACCCCUCGCAGGUUGGACCUCUCUUGUAUCCGGGCGGAGAGACCCAGGCUCUGCAGAGGCUGGACCUCAACAUGAAGAGGACGGCAUGGGUAUGUAAUUUCAAGAAACCGGACACAGAGCCGAACUCGCUGACCCCCAGUACCACUGUGCUGAGCCCCUACAUGAAAUUCGGCUGUCUGUCGGCUCGACUGUUUUACUGGCGGCUGGCGGAGAUUUACCAAGGGAAGAAGCACUCGGCUCCGCCGGUAUCGCUCCACGGGCAGCUGCUGUGGCGGGAAUUCUACUACGUGGCCGGGGCCGGGAUAGCAAACUUCGACAAGAUGGAAGGGAAUUCCGUGUGUGUACAGCUUCACCUUUUGUAUUCACUUCUGUAUUGGCAGCAAUGGCGCAGUGCCAGAACGGGUUACCCCUUCAUAGAUGCCAUCAUGACCCAGCUGAGGACCGAGGGAUGGAUCCACCACCUGGCCCGCCAUGCCGUAGCCUGCUUCCUGACUCGGGGCGACCUGUGGAUAUCCUGGGAAGAAGGACAAAAGGUGUUUGAGGAGCUGCUUCUGGAUGCUGAUUGGGCCCUGAAUGCUGGAAACUGGAUGUGGCUCUCGGCCAGCGCGUUCUUCCACCAGUUCUUCCGCGUCUACUCUCCGGUGGCAUUUGGGAAGAAGACGGAUAAGAACGGCGAAUACAUAAAGAAGUACCUGCCCUUCCUGAAGAAGUUCCCAGCCGAGUACAUCUAUGAGCCAUGGAAGGCUCCGCGCAGCGUGCAAGAGAGGGCAGGCUGCAUCAUCGGGAAAGAUUACCCCAAACCCAUCGUGGUGCACGAAACGGUGAGCAAGCAGAACAUUCAACGCAUGAAGGCUGCCUAUGCCAGGAGAUCCGGGGCCAGCGCGGCGAAAACUGAGGGGGCGAGCCCCAAAAAUAAAAAAGGUGAGAGGAACGGCUCGGUCCUGCAGCACUGA